AUGCUGUCUGUGGUGAUACUAGGUGUGACCCUGUCCCUGCUCAUUCUGCUGACGGUGUUUGGUAAUGUCCUGGUAUGUCUGGCCGUCUGCGCCACACGACGUCUCCGCUGCCUCACCAACUGUUUCAUCGUCUCCCUGGCCAUCACUGACCUGCUGCUUGGCAUGCUGGUCCUGCCCUUCUCCGCCCUCCUCCAGUUCAGCGAUUGGCCGCUGGGGCCGACCCUCUGCAACAUCUACAUCUCAUUGGAUGUUAUGUUAUGCACUGCCUCCAUCCUCACCCUAUUGGCCAUCAGCGUGGACCGCUACCUGGCCGUGACCGCACCCCUUAGAUACUCGUCGCUGGUGUUGCCGAGGGGGGUAGCCAUAACGAUGGCUUCGGUGUGGGCGGUGUCACUGGGGGUGUCGUUCCUACCGAUCCACCUGGGCUGGAACACUGUGGACGGCAGUGUGCAGAACCGCGGCCCGGGGGAGGAGAGGGAGUGUAAGUUUGAGCUGAACCCGUCGUACGUUGCAGUGGACGCCUCCUUAACCUUUUACCUUCCCCUGCUGAUCAUGUGCUGGAACUACCUCCGCAUCCUCCGCAUCGCCCGGGCCCAGGCCAGACGCAUCAUCCAUGCACAACCCAACCUCAACAACAACAGCCCCUCGUCAGCCCCUCGUCAACUCACCUCAGUAACAGCGAUGGCUCUACGGGAACACAAAGCCACAGUGACUCUAGCAGCAGUGAUCGGAGCGUUCAUGGUGUGCUGGUUCCCCUACUUCACCCUGUUUACUAUCAUGGGUCUGAGGAUGCAGAACUACCCAGCAGCCUACCCUGUGGUGCUGUGGCUGGGAUACAUCAACUCAGCUCUGAACCCUUUGCUCUACGCUGCCCUCAACAGAGACUUUAGGUCCGCCUACGCCCGCCUGCUGCGCUGUGGUUACUAUGGAUACGGCAGGGGGAGGGGCGGGCCAGCGUCGCCCCACAAUACAACCAUGACGGGAUUCAGUGUCCUACCAGUCCUGAAAGCUGAGCCCAGGACCAGCCAACUUAACUCAGACACCCAGCCCAGGGGAUCAAUCACAUCACAGACAGGACACUGGGAGUCGUCUAAAAUAUCACGGACAAUCUGCAACAAGGAAUACCGGGGACCUUUAACCGCAGAACUAGAAUGA